AUGAACCAGCAUAUCUUAGCGAUGCAGGACGUCACCCCAUCGAUCAACGACUUCCCGGCCGAGAUCCUCGCAGAAGUCUUCCUAUGGCAACUGCUCUCUGUCACGCACGAUGAGGAGGUGAAGGACCCCAUGGUCACGUUCGACCGCGUCAGCCCACUGGUUUGCAAGUCCUGGAGGGCAAUCGCGCUUGGUGACCCUCGCCUGUGGACUCACAUUGUGGCGCCGGACCUCGCCAUCCUGGAAACCUUCACUCAACGCUACCUCCCCCGCUCCGGCAACCUUCCACUCGACCUCGAGUUCCGUGGGCCACCCGAAGGAUUGGCACCGUUCAUCGCCGCGAUGUUUCCCUACGCCGCGCGAUGGGGCUCGCUGGACCUGCGCGGACCUUGCGAAUCGUUGCGGCGAAUGACGCCAGUGGUGAUGCCAGUCCUGCGACAUGUACGGAUAGAAGGCGCCAGGGACGGGGACAGCACGCAGCACGUUCCACUGCACUUUAUCCGCGAUGCGCCUAAACUGGAUACGCUCAUGCUCCACUGCUGGUACAUUGGCUCCCAAUUCGAGCUGGCAUUACCCCCGCUGGGGCACCUCAGAACGUUACGGUUCUCCGCCUGGGAAUACGACCUAUCAUGCAUGCUUAGGACGGUUCACGGGUCCUGCGCGACACUGCGCGAUAUCGAGAUUGUGCUUCAGGGAUUUGUGCCCCCUACAGACUUUCUCGGGUGCCCCGCCCACCUUCCAUCGCUCACGAGCCUGACCCUUGGGGGCAGCGCCGGGCACUUUCUCCAACUGAUUUCACCGCCGGCGCUCGAGACGCUCACGAUGACCAACGAACCCGAAGACACACCUGCCCUCCUCGACCUCCUUCAUCGCGUCCCCGCCGCUGGACACAGCCUACAGAAAUUCGACCUUCAAUCGCUCGGCGACUACGAUGUCCUCUUAGAAUGCCUCGCACUCACGCCUAAUCUCAAGGUCCUUUGUCUAGGGGUAUAUCGGGCACCGGGCCCGCUCUUGCGGGGUUUGACUAUACAUGAGGACGACUCGGCUGAGCACCCAAUUCUGGUGCCAAAGCUCGAGCUGCUCUCCCUCGAUUACUGCAUCGACUCCGGGUCGGAGGACCUACUGGCUGUCGAUGAGUUCUUCAUCAGCAGAGCUUUCCCGCAGGUUAUCCGCGGGACACAGGUGGAGGGUGUGCGUAUGGCGGUCUCCAGUGAACUCAUGCAGACCCACAGUGUAUUCGCCCGUUCAGACAUCACUCUAUGUUCAUUGGAGUAG